AUGUUUCUGUCCGACUUCCGUAAGGAGUUCUAUGAGGUGGUUCUGAACCAGCGUGUGCUGCUGCUGGUUGCUUCAGAUGUAGACGCAUUAUGUGCUUGUAAAAUACUCCAGGCUUUAUUUCAGUGUGAUCAUGUGCAAUAUACUUUAGUACCAGUGUCUGGCUGGCAAGAACUUGAAGCUGCAUUUCUGGAGCACAAAGAUCAGUUCCAGUAUUUUAUUCUGAUAAACUGUGGUGUCAACAUUGACCUGCUGGAAGUACUUCAACCUGAAGAGGACAUUGUUUUCUUUGUCUGUGACACUCACAGGCCUAUUAACGUAGUAAAUGUUUACAAUGAGACACAGAUUAAACUCCUGGUUAAGCAAGAUGAUGACCUUGAAAUUCCUGCCUAUGAUGACAUCUUCAGGGAUGACGAGGAGGAUUCUGGGAAUGAAAGUGAUGGAUCGGAGCCUUCGGGAAAACGCCAGCGAUUUGAAGAGGAAAUAGUGGAACGAACAAUGAAACGACGGCAAAGAAGAGAAUGGGAGGCACGCAGGCAGGAAAUUCUCUUUGAUUAUGAGCAGUACGAAUAUCAUGGGACUUCUUCUGCCAUGAUGAUGUUUGACUUGGCAUGGAUAAUGUCCAAAGACUUGAAUGAUAUGUUGUGGUGGGCUAUUGUUGGGCUAACGGAUCAGUGGGUUCAUGACAAAAUCACUCACUUGUGUCUUGCACUCUAUCAACACUGGUCUCUAUAUGAAAGCCUCUGUAACACUUGUUACACUUCUGCUAGCCUCAAGCUGUGGUCAGUGCAAGGCCAGAAGAAACUACAGGAAUUCUUUGCUGAUAUGGGCUUACCUUUGAAGCAAGUAAAACAGAAAUUUCAUUCUAUGGACAUUUCGUUGAAAGAGAACCUACGGGAGAUGAUUGAAGAAUCUGCAAAUAAGUUUGGAAUGAAGGAUUUAAGAGUUCAAACCUUCAGCAUCCAUUUUGGUUUUAAAAAUAAAUUCUUAGCCAGCGAUGUAGUGUAUGCAGCUUCUUCUUUAAUGGAAAAUACGGAAAAGGAUGAAAGCGGAACUGAUAACUUUAUCAAGGCUUUGGAUAGUCUUUCCAGAAGUAACCUGGAUAAGCUGCACCAAGGGCUGGAGCUAGCAAAAAAGCAGCUGUGUGUCAUUCAGCGCACUGUGGCCAGCUGCAUCUGUACCAAUCUCAUAAUUUCGCAGGGACCGUUCCUUUACUGCUACCUGAUGGAGGGAACACCAGAUGUGAAAUUGUUCUCCAGACCAGUAUCCUUGUGCCUGCUUAGUAAAUACUUGCUCAAGUCCUUCAUUUGUUCUACGAGAAACAAGCGCUGUAAACUGUUGCCAAUGGUUAUGGCCGCACCAAUGGAUGUCGAGCAAGGGACAGUGAUCAUGGUGGGGGUUCCACCUCAAACAGAAAGCUCCGACAAAAAGAACUUUUUUGGAAGAGCAUUUGAAAAAGCUGCAGAGAAUACCAAUUCCAGGACUCUACAUAACCAUUUUGACAUGUCUAUAAUAGAACUGAAAAUGGAAGAUCGGAGUAAAUUUCUGGAUGCACUUAUUUCUCUUUUGUCCUAAUGGUAAGGAGG